GAAAAGGGAAGGGCCAGUGACGCCCCCGAACCCAGCUGCAGAAGCGGCCGCCACCUCCGAUGCACAAGGUGUCUCAUCUGAGAAGAAACCUGAGCCCCAGGGAGGAGGCGCGGAGCGACCGGGGCAGGGCUGGCGCGAACCAGGCGGCAGAGCGCUGGGCAGCGCUCAAGGACCAGCGGAGCUCGGCCGCGGAGGACCCUUGCGACCCGCUCCUGAGAUCCCGGCUCCACACUCUCUUCGAAUUUUACAGAUUUCCCCCGGCGACUUAUCUCCCCAAAACGGAGCCUUUAUCCCAAGAGAAGGUGAGGGAGCUGGGGCAACCAGGACUUUCCCGGGCACCCAAGAUGCGCUCCAUUAGGAAGAGGUGGACGAUCUGCACGAUAAGUCUGCUCCUGAUCUUUUAUAAGACAAAAGAAAUAGCAAGAACUGAGGAGCACCAGGAGACGCAACUCAUCGGAGAUGGUGAACUGUGUUUGAGUCGAUCACUUGUCAAUAGUUCUGAUAAAAUCAUUCGAAAGGCUGGCUCUUCAAUCUUCCAGCACUCUGUAGAAGGUUGGAAAAUCAAUUCCUCUUUGGUGCUGGAAAUAAGGAAGAACAUUCUUCGUUUCCUAGAUGCAGAACGAGAUGUCUCAGUGGUCAAGAGCAGUUUUAAGCCUGGUGAUGUCAUACACUAUGUACUCGACAGGCGUCGGACACUAAAUAUUUCUCAGGAUCUUCACAGCCUCCUACCUGAAGUGUCACCAAUGAAAAAUCGCAGAUUUAAGACCUGUGCAGUUGUUGGAAAUUCUGGCAUUCUGCUCGAUAGUGAAUGUGGAAAGGAGAUUGACAGUCACAACUUUGUAAUAAGGUGUAAUCUAGCCCCUGUGGUGGAGUUUGCUGCAGAUGUGGGAACUAAAUCAGAUUUUAUUACCAUGAAUCCAUCAGUUGUACAAAGAGCAUUUGGAGGCUUUCGGAAUGAGAGUGACAGAGAAAAAUUUGUGCAUAGACUUUCCAUGCUGAAUGACAGUGUCCUUUGGAUCCCUGCUUUCAUGGUCAAAGGAGGAGAGAAGCACGUGGAGUGGGUUAAUGCAUUAAUCCUUAAGAACAAACUGAAAGUGCGAACUGCCUAUCCAUCAUUGAGACUUAUUCAUGCUGUCAGAGGUUACUGGCUGACAAACAAAGUUCCCAUCAAAAGACCCAGCACAGGUCUCCUCAUGUAUACACUUGCCACAAGAUUCUGUGAUGAAAUUCACCUGUAUGGAUUCUGGCCAUUCCCUAAGGAUUUGAAUGGAAAAGCCGUCAAAUAUCAUUACUACGAUGACUUAAAAUAUAGGUACUUUUCCAAUGCAAGUCCUCACAGAAUGCCAUUAGAAUUCAAAACAUUGAAUGUGCUACAUAAUAGAGGAGCCCUGAAACUAACAACAGGAAGGUGUGUAAAGCAAUAAAGCACAUUUGAAAACAUACAAACAAACUGAAUAUGCACUUCUUUUCUGAAGAUGCUUCCUAAGAUUUGAAAAUAGGAUCCAGAACAAGACUGAGUUUCAGUAUCCACCAAUUAUCUGAAAGGUGAUAAAGGACAUUUAUGAGAAAUCCGCUACCAGCUGAUGAAAUACCUGCAAAGUGCUCUAAAAAACAUAUUUCGACUUCAAGGGUCCUAGUAAGUGCCACUUCCACUAAGAACACAGUUUGAAUGUAUAAUCAGUAGUGUUUACAAGAUCCAACAAUGCACUUGUCAUUAGUUAAUGAGGCAAAUAUGUUCAUCACUGUUGGGCUGCCACGGCAAUGCCAAGCACAUUAGAAGAAUAACCCAGCCCUGGGGAUUAAACCAUCCUUGUCAGAAGAAAUCAAGAUGGAAAUAGUUGGAGCAGUGAAAUCCAUAAGAUUAAACAACUCAAGUAAAUGCCUUCAGUCAGGACUCUGAGUCUGAUCAUGAAUUUUAUGUUUUUGUUUUUGUUUUUGUCUUCUGGAAUCUCUUUUGGUUUGGGUAUUGGGUGCUUAGAAAUCCUUUCUGAGAUAAAGAUGAAUGAGAUAAAUAACCUUUAAGAAAUCAUUUUUAAAGUUCUUAUAUUUUUAAAGAGCAAUCACAUAAUGACUUUGUAAAAACGUUUUAUUUUGCACAACUCUAAACCUCCAGAGUUUUUCCCAGUGGUGUAGAAGGUACCAGCUAAACUGUGCCACUCAGUAAUCUUGAGCCAUUCUAAAGGAAAGAUGUUCAAUGUCAUCUGAGAUGGUAAAAUUAGCAGGAAAAAAAAGUACUUUUGGUACCAAAGAUUAUACUGAUGUUUCUACACAACAAACCAUUCUCCUUUCAUGAAAAUAAUAUAUUAAUAUAUUAUGAUGCUACUAAUACAGAAGUUGUCUUUAAAUAUGUUGAAUUUUUCAAACUCAAACUUUAUUUUUAUUUGAAGAAGACUUCCAUAACUUUUACAUUUCAUAAUAAUUUUCUGGAAGCAUUUUGCCCUUUAGGAUAAAUGUCAGACUGAUAGGGCUGAAAUCUGACUUCCAGUUUUUUGAUAUUCCCCUUAUUACUCAAAUGGAAAGAUUGGCAUUCUCUUUACAUUACUGUUAAGUUUUCUUAGUGCAGAAAUAACGUGAUUAAUAGAAUGCUGUUUCCAAAACAGGGAUGAUUACUUUUAAGAGGUUUAAUAAUGAAACUGUGUCAGCAUUUUGCACUUCAAGUGAAUGAAGUUGACCAAUAUUUUCUCUGUGGUUAAAUUUAUUCACAGUACUACAUUAAUGUGUUUUCAAAGAAGCACAUGAAAUUAUUAAUAAAGUGAUUCAAAAAGUUUUAA